ACUGAUUUUGUCUUAUUAUUUGACCUUCAAGUUCAACCACCCCUUGAACUUACAAUAUACAUGUCCUUGUACCCAAGUUUUGCAUUUCUCCUCAGCUAGUAUACAACCCUAUCCUAUUAUUAUUAUUUAGUAGUAUAAAUACUAUCCUUUGUUAAGGAGAAGUCUCCAAAUCAAAUCAGCAACAAACAGAACAUCAAUUUUCAUCUCUGAGUGAAUGGAUCCUCAACUUUCUGCUGUGGGAAUAAUUCUAUAUGUGGAACCUGAAAAGGUGAACGAUGCUGUUGCCUUCUACAAGGCAGCCUUUGAUGCUGUCGAGGCGAAUGAUCCCUAUUUUGCAGCUCAGGUUAUUAUUGGUGGCACCGUCUAUUUGAUAGAGUACCACGAGGACCCUUCCGACCUGACCGGCUCUGCUACGACGGUUGGAGUGGCGGAUGUCGCAGCUACCGUACAGAAGGCUGUGAGCGCUGGGGCUGUUGAGGAAGAGCUUGAUGAAUUUGCACCUACUUAUGCUGGUCAGCACAUUGUGAAGCUGAGGGAUCCAUUUGGUUAUGUUUGGUACAUUUGUGAGGGCAAGUCCUUAGCCAAAUUGCAGUAGCAAAUGAAGGGUUGGUUGAUCCAUGCUUUGAUAUUGUUAUAUUUAUCAGUACUUUGCUACAUCCAUUUUAGUUCUAAUUAGGUGUUUAUUGCUACAAUUAUCUUUCUAUUAUCGUUUAAUUAUGACAAUUGCUGGGAUGUAAGACUA